UAUACAAGCAUUUUUGUUUAAUGUGUUAAUACCAUACAUUUCUGUGUGCACAACUUGUACCUUCAUUUGACAUAAACGCUAUCUAGCCUGAAGCAGCUGUUGAUGUGGUGAGAAAAUCCCAAGAGGCGAUCAAUAAUGACUUCGCUGGGGAGCAGCAGUUCCUCAGCCACAGAAUACACUGUGCGAGUCCCCAAAAACACCAGCAAGAAGUACAACAUCAUGGCUUUCAAUGCAGGAGACAGAGUCAACUGUUCAUCCUGGACACAGGCUCGUAUGGAAAGAGACAUGAGUGCUCGGCGGAUAUAUGGGGAGGAAGAGACGCAGGAAGGCGCAGCUGGGAGUGAGUUCGGCAAAAAGCAGCGUGAGGAAGCGCGGCGGAAGAAGUUUGGUAUUGUGACACGCGAGUUCAAAGUGGAGGAUCAGCCCUGGAUCCUCAAGGUCAACGGCAAGGCCGGCAAGAGGUUCAAAGGUCAAAAGAAGGGCGGUGUUACAGAAAAUGCAUCCUACUACAUCUUUACACAGUGUCCUGAUGGAGCUUUUGAGGCCUUCCCUGUACAUGGCUGGUACAACUUCACCCCACUGGCCAAGCACCGAACUCUCACUGCCGAGGAGGCUGAGGAGGAGUGGGGCAGAAGGAACAAGGUGGUGAAUCACUUCAGCAUCAUGCUUCAGAGACGUUUCAGGGAGCAGGAGCGUGGUGAGGAUGAGGAAGAUGAGGCUGAAAAGUCGGGGAAGAAGAAAAAGAAGGCGGGUGGGAGAGGGGGCGACCUACGUAUUCACGACCUGGAAGACGACCUGGAGAUGAGCAGCGAUGACAGCGACAGCAGUAUGGGGGAUGAUGGAGAGAAAAAGACUAAGGCGAAGAAAGUGACAGGGAAAGGAAAGAAGAAGAAGAAGAAGAGCAAUGACGAGGCCUUGGAGGACAGCGAUGACGGCGACUAUGAGGGUCUCGAGGUGGAUUACAUGUCAGAUGAAAGCAGCUCAGACGAAGAGCCAGAAAAAGGAAAACCCAGUAAAGGAGAGGACCACCCUAAAGGAAUUGAUGAGGCGUCUGAAAGCGAGGAAGAGAGCGAGGAGGAGAAGCAGAAUGACGAGGAAGCAAAAGAAGAAGAAGAAGAAGAGGAAGGAAAGAAAACCCCGGUCCAAAUGGAAAAGAAGAAGAAAAAAGACAGCAGCGGCGAGUCGGACAGCUCAGAUGACAGCGACAUCGAGGGAGAGACGGCCUCCGCUCUGUUCAUGAAGAAGCGCACGCCGCCUAAACGUGGAGGAGGGCGUGGCUCUGCAGGCAGCUCCAGGACUGGCAGUCGCCCCGGGACACCAUCCAUAGACUCUGUCUCCACCUCCAAUACCCUCCGUGCUGCUGCCAGCAAGCUAGAGCAAGGUAAGAGACAGAAUCAGGGUCCUAGCACUGACUCACCAGCUGCCAAAAGGCUGAAGAUGGAGCCCAGCAGUCAGAGCCCUGUUCCCUCUGGGAAGAGUACACCUCAACCCCCAUCAGGCAAAUCCACUCCUAGCUCAAGCGAUGUGCAGCUAACAGAGGAAGCGGUCCGGCGGUACCUGAUCCGUAAACCGAUGACCACCAAAGACCUGCUGAAGAAGUUCCAGACGAAGCGCACAGGUUUGAGCAGUGAGCAGACUGUCAACGUGCUGGCACAGAUCCUGAAACGCCUCAAUCCGGAGCGCAAGAACGUGAACGACAAAAUGCACUUCUACCUCACUGAAUAACCAAUCGAAACGAGAGGUGAUGAAGGAGAGAAGAAGAGGCUGAAAGUGAAAAAUGUGGGUGUUUUUGUGAACCUGGGGUAUACAGGAAGGAGAGAUUUUGCGUCCAGGUUGUGACAUGCCACAGGAUCAGAGUUUGAAACUGCCUUCACAGGAGGCAUUUAUCAAAAAGUAUUUUGUUAAGCAUCUUGAAUUUGCAUUUCAUUGUCUGAAAUCUCACAGUAAAUGAGAGAAACCUUGUUUAUGCUGAGUGGAAAGCAGCUCAGUCCUCUGUAUGGUUUCUCUCUGUGUAAACGGGUUAGUUUAGAGCUUGAUAAUUGAAGAAAGUCUUCAACUUGUUUUUCUUGGGUAGAAACUUUUCUAAUAAAAUGGCAAAUAUGCUGCUGUGU